CUUAAACGUCAAAAAUUCCUAUUUUCGCUUUGAUUGAGACAUAGUCAUGUGACUGGAACACAGUAUAUAUAAAAAUACGGGACACUUCCUUUCAUUUGAACAUCCAGCGGACGCUAAGCCAACAUGGACAGUGACUCCGUUCCUCAAUAUCUACGUCGCCCACACUUGUCAGCUCUCGAUGACGUCACAUCCGGCUUGUACAACAGGGCUUCGAGUCACUGCAACACGCUCGGUUGCACGUGCAGAAAAACAGACUACCCCCCAGAACAGCAGGACUUAACCUCAAAGCCAUUUUACGAUGCCCUCAUUGACGGGGGACUGGAUUAUGUGUACGCCAAAAUGAACCUGCCUAAUCCCCAAGACCACUACAGGAAGACCACGCAUCACCGGAAGCACGUGAUCGUUGUAGGGGCCGGAACGUCUGGUCUGUCGGCGGCGUAUGAGUUGAGACAGGCUGGUCAUCAAGUAACGCUCCUGGAAAUACAGCACAGAGUUGGUGGACGAACUAAGACUAUCAAAGACAAAUUUUCAGAUGGACUCCAUGCAGAAGGUGGUGCUAUGCGGCUUCCCGAGAGUCACUACCUCACCAAGCACUAUAUUGACCUGUUCAACGUGCCAACAAGGCCGUUUCAGAACCAAAACCUGAAUGGCUUCCUCUCCUUCUACGGCGACCCCAAGAUAAAGAUGUCAGAAUGGGACGCCAACAGCGACUGGUAUUGUACAAAGUACUGGGAAGGCUGGGACGCCAAAAUAAUGCAGUUUAAAACAGAACUUGGCAUCAAGGGAAUAAACGACUACUUCGACAGGACGGUGGCCCCGGUAUAUGCGGAGCUUCGUAGUGACACGAGCCCGAAGGGUUGGGCGCGGUGGGUGAAGAAAUGGAGCCAGUUUUCUGUCCUUGAGUUUCUCAAGUCCGACACCUACCAGAGCCCAGCCGACAAGUACAAACUGAGACCAUGGCCGCAGAAAGCCCUUGAAGCUUACAGAGUGCGGAACUACAUACCCCUGAUCAACGCCAGCCUGGUGGAGUAUCUGAGGGCGUUGUUAGGCGAGUGGUGGAAGGAUCCCCUGUACACGCCCACUGGAGGUAUGGAGGAAAUUGCAAAGGCCUUCAUGCGGAAGAAUACAACAGGCUGGAACCCGGAUGUGGAUCUGAGUAAGGACAUCCGGUAUGGGAUCAAAGUAGAAGCCGUUGAGGAGGUUCAACAGCAACACGGAGAGAAAAUCGUGAGAGUUACUGGUCGGAACGACGCCACCAAACAGCCGGCAGAGUUCACGGGGGAUGCUGUGAUCAUAACCGUCCCCCUGACGGUGCUCCGACAGAUGAAGGUGCCCCUGACACGGCAAAGACAGCAGGCAGUAGAGGGUAUCUACUACGAGGCGUCUACUAAGGUCUUGCUGCAGUGUAGGACCAGGUUCUGGCAGAACCCGGACAACCUACAGGGAGGCUUCUCCAAGACAAACCUACCCAUUGGUCAGCUACACUAUCCAGACUGGGAAAAAUCGGGGAUACCGGAAAACGAGCGUGGAAUCCUCGUCGUCUACACAUGGGGCCAAGACGCAGAAAUGUUCGGCGCCCAAAAAACUGAAGAGGCAAUCGAGAACGCUGUGAAACAGGUCGCAACAAUCCACCCCGAGAUCGUUGAUAAUUUCGAAGUUGGGGCAGUACAAGCCUGGUUCAACGAACCCACAGCUCAAGGUGCAUUCGUGUAUCUAAAACCAGACCAAUAUAACGACAGCCUAUUGCAGCUUCUCAACUCAGACCAUCCUAUAUACCUAGCGGGAGAGGCGCUGUCGUGGUCCAAUGGCUGGAUACAAGGGGCGCUGGAAUCAGGCUUGAGGGCGGCCUACGAGUUCUACAGUCACAUUGAGAAGCAAUUCCCACCUCAGAUGAAGAGAUGUGGAUGUGCACAUCAAUAUGUGUGUUCUCAGUCUAAGGGGGACAUGUCCCAUCACGAGUUCUCAAACAAUGAGAAGUGUGGUUACCAGGGUCCUUGAGGUCAGAGAAGCAUGUACCCUGCAUAGCUGCAGCCGGGGAAACAGUGCUUGACAAUACUGCUUACAUGAUUGACUGAUACUUUACACGGCUACAGCCGGGGAAACAGUGCUAGACAAUACUGCUUACAUGAUUGACUGAUACUUUACACAGCUACAGCCGGGGAAACAGUAUAAGACAAUACUGCUUACAUGAUUCACUGAUACUUUACACAGCUACAGCCGGGGAAACAGUAUAAGACAAUACUGCUUACAUGAUUGACUGAUACUUUACACAGCUACAGCCGGGGAACCAGUACUAGACAAUCCUGCUUACAUGAUUGACUGACACUUUACACAUCUACAGUCUUGGAACCAGUACUAGACAAUACUGUUUACAUGAUUGAUUAAUAAUUUACAUAGGUACCCCCGGCACUAGCCAAAACCGAUUACAUGAUUGUCUACACACUCAGCAACAGACCAUGUUAAAGGACUUUAAACAAUUCGCAAAAGAAUAUAAUAACCGAUCAAUGAAUAUUGCACAGCCAAACCGAACAGCCCCUAUUGUGUGUUUCAUUACUUUCUGUUUGCACACGUCGAUUAUUCCUGUUGAGUUGAUAUUUUCGUUAUUGCCAGGACGAUACAGGUAUAGGCUAGCACUGUUCAGUGCAACAACUAUGACUCCCGUCAACUCGGAACGUAACGAACUACUGAGGAAAGUGAACACACGUUCGCUACGUCCUGAAACAGCUAAUCUUAAAUCAUGGCCACCGCUUACCACACACAGGCAUGGUACAUUGUUUCUACAUGACAUUGUAUUUGAUCAGCCAUGGUCUACUGUAACUUUCUGUUGCUUACCCAAACGAAACUGAAUAUAACAAAAUACACCACUCAACAUUUACUAAGGACCACACCUUUGACUAAAGAUUACUUUGGUUCUUAGCAAAUGAUGGGUAGUAUAAAUAAGUCACUUUUUCUUAGUGAGACAUGCAAAUAGUAUUGCUAUACACUCAUAUUUACAGUAUGUAUUAUACAUGUAUGUAGUAUGCAUAUAAUAAUAAUAAUGAUCAAUGUUAUAGUGAGGCAUACCUGCAUUCUGCAGUGUGACCUGAGCACAACCAUCGGUAGUCCUAGGUUCCUCACAGAAAGUAUUCACCAUGCUUUUCCCUUAUAGUGGAUAAUGCAAGGACUUUCCUUGGAAAGAUUCUCCUGCAACGUUCGAUUUUCGGUUAUAGUAGCAUCUUCCGAGCUUCUGAUGCAACGAUACUACCGAUACCCAGUAAUAACAAUGUAAUAGUGAAGUGAAUGCCAAGGUUAUAAUCACAGGCGUGUACUCGACUGACCGUUGUAGCCGUUACGCCCGUCUUGUGUGGGAAACGCUACUUGAAGUUGUAAUCCCCAAAAUGCUGUCGUAUGCAUUACUUACUAAUUUAUUACUUGUUUAUAACUAUGUGUGCACGUAACUGCAUAACUUGGAACCGGAACCGGAACUUGCUAUGCAUAGUUGUGUCCCUAUAUCGUGGGUUCGGAUCCCAGAUUCGCCUGAGUAUGUUUCUAGGUUUGUUACUGCCACCACC